GGUUAUCAAAGUGCGACUUCCCGAGCGACUUCCUAAACUUUUGCUCAGCAGCUGGUCUGACUACUUAUGCUUAUGCACAAUUAUUUGAGGCAUUUGAUGACCUGUAUACGUAUGAAACAAGCGAUAGGUAGAAACUUGGCUGUCCCUUGCUGCGAGCUGAAAUGAGCUUGACUUGCGCUCAAACAUAGGCAGGCGGCAGAAUGAAGUACAGCAACAGUGACACACGUAGAUGCAUCCAAUCUACCAGCGGGGGCUUGAUCCUGGCGCUGGUGUUUCUUGUUGCAUCGCCAUCAACGUGGGCGCAGCAGAGCGCGGAUGCAGCGGCCCAGGCGUCAUCAGGGCGCAACGGGACACUAGACUUUGACGUUAUCUUGUGGCGUCGGCUACUGGUCAAUCGGACCGCCAGCAACGGCACGGAUGACAUUGGCGAGGUCAGCCUUCCCAGCAUCGUCGCCACCAUGGAGUUCCUCCUGGCGGCACCGCUGCAGCUGAACGCCAGCCUGAACCGCGUGCCCGAGGUGGAGGUGGAGGCGUUCUGGGACAUCGUGGUGUCGGCGCGGGCGCUGGCGGAGGAGAACGAGCGGCCGGUGGCGGGGGCGCGCGUAGACCUGGUUGCAGCGGUGGACGCCCUCACUGCCAAGGUGACGGCGCUGCCCACGCACCUCUGCUGGCCGGUGCUGCGCCGGGUCAUCCUGGCAGCGCUGGUGCAGCGCCGCCUCUCCUACGGCGCCUUCAGCCCCGCGGCCAGCGCCGCCGUGGGCCGGCUGGCGGUGCAGCUGUUCCGGCUGCACCGCACGGGCGCGGCGCGCAAGGGCGUCAUAGACUUCUUCCACGUGUCAAAGGCCGGCGGUACCAGCUUCUGCCAGAUGGCCAAGCUGAACGGCUGCCGCACCGAGUCCUUCGGCGCGCGGCGCAACUGCCUCAUCCGCGACUUCGACGACGUGCCCCGCUGGGUGAACAACUCCUUGCACACCUCGCUGGCGCCGACCGGGCUGCGCACGCCCUGGUUCGCCAACUGGGGCAAUAAGUUGCGGCGCGACAUGUCCUGCAAUCUGCGCAAGCGCUUCAUGCUGCGGCGGCGCUUCAACAUCGCCGCCAACGAGUUCACGCUGUACGGUGCGCAGGCCACGCCGCGCAACGUGCACACCUGCCCCGGCAACCUAAACGUGCUGCAGCUGCGGCACCCCUACACGCGGCUGCGCAGCCACAUCAUGUGGGUAUGGGCGCUGUACGACCACCACUUCAAGGAGCAGGCGGCGGCGUUCUUCCCCAGCCGCGGCGCCGCGCACUGGGCCGAGCUGCUGCCGGCCGCCACACACAACUACUACAUCCGCAGCCUGCUGGGAGAGCAGGUGUACUACCUGUCACCCGAGGAGCUGAACGGCACGCACCUGGCCACCGCGCGGCUGGCGCUGCUGCAGUUCGACGUGCUGUUGCUCCUGGAGGAGCCCGACAUGAACGCGCUGCUUUUUGAGAUGGCGGUGGGCUGGUCGCUGGGAUUUGGGGAGGUGCACGCGCGCACCAGCAGCCAGCUGCACGAGGUGGGUGCGCGGGGCCUGCCGGGCGCCGAGGACUGGGCGGCGCUGCAGCAGGCCAACCAGCUGGACAUGCAGCUCUACCGCUUCGGCGCACUGCUGGCGCUGCUGGACUCGGUGGUGUUCGACAUAGCGCGGGAGGCGGGGCUAGGCGCCGGGUACACGGCUCUGGGGCGGGCGGGCGGGGCGGCGGGUGGCGGCGGCGGCGGCAGUGGGCUCCAGGCGAGCGACCAGGCGCACCCCGGGGACGACGAGAACUGGGAGGUGGUGGGUGGAGCCAACGUCACGCAGCGCAGUUGCGGGUUCGUGUCGGAGUACGAGACGGAUCGCGUGGUGCCGGCGCACAUCGUGAUCCGGUAGCCAGCCACCGGUGGGGUGAGGGGGGGGGGGUCGUGAGGGCUUGGGGUGGGGUGGAGGCUAGGCGUGCGGGGUGGUGGGCGAGAGCGCACGUGUGCGAGCACUGGGGCAGAGGUAUGCCUGGUUGUAGAUGAGCUAGGCUCAGCAGGAAGACACAUGCAUGCCGUGCUGUGCAGCGCGCGAUGUAAGCCGCGCAUGAAGAAAAGUGAUGCGGUGUCCUUGCGAUAUGGGAUGGGCGAGACAGGACAGUUUGCAUGUCCAUAGCUGUGGCCGCACGAUUGGCGAGGAUGUUGACUGGCGAGCGCGAAGUAGGGAAGCGCAGAAAAGUGCGCCGCAGUGCGCCAAGUAGCGGGCGGGCGGGGCAACAGCCCUUGAGGAGGAUUGGCUGUCUAUUCAUGUUACACUGAGCCUGAACUGGAGACUGUACGAGGUGUGACACCGUGUGCUGAUGGCCACCCGCAAAUGUGAAAGAGAUGCGCAAGGACCUUUCCGCAUUAUUGUAUGUCACAUGCCAACACGUACUGUACUACAGUACGACAAGACCUGACGUGCGCUUGAACCGGUGUGAAGCGCUGCACACCACUAUCAUGAGUUGCGCGGAGUAUUAUCAUAGCCUCA